UUAUUUCCCUACGUAUAAUUUAAGUUACCUUUGUAUACAAUGGAUGUAGAGUAUGCCUAUACGAAGAAGAGAAUGCAUUUCGGGAAGAGUUGCAAUUUCUCUGACGUUGAUAAAAUAGAAGUGGAAAUCAAAUCAAAUCCAGCGUUGAUGAGUAAUUAUGUUAGAACGGAUCCUGUGACGCACGCUACGCAAUGCAGCAAAGUCUAUGCGGUUCACGAGGUAAAUACAACUACCGCGACGUAUAAGGACAACAAAAUGUUUCACUACGAGGGCGGCUGGCCGAAGGACAUAAAUAUGAAAGAUCUAGAGCAGACAGUCAGAUAUAGACGUAAGAUCGAAAAGGAUGAGCUGUAUAUUCACACGAUGCUUCAACUAUUACCUUCGAUGGAACACUGCAUUUUGCAAAACAACGCUUGCAACAUUUAUGAGCAAUAUUUCGCCGACGUAGAGGCGACCCCGCUGAUCCAAAGAACUUUCUCGCGCACAGUAAACGUUUACCGCGAUCCUUUAACGAUGAAACGGCAAAUCACUUAUCUGUCAUGGUCGCCGGACCAGGGUAAUCGUUUUGCGGCCAGUUAUUGCAACGUAGAUUUCAAGAAGACCUCCAACAGCAACACCUCGUACAUCUGGGAAGUAGAAAACCCGAAUAAUCCUUACAUAACAUUAAAACCCUUUUGCCCGAUUUUGACGUUGGAGUACAAUCCCAAAGACAGCAACACCUUGGUAGGUGGUCUGAUGACUGGACAGGUGGCAUGCUGGGACAUUAGGAGGGGAUCAGAAAUGAUAGACACCAGCUCGGUCGAGUUUAGCCAUAGAGAUCCCUGUGAUAAGACCCUGUGGAUUAAUUCCAAGACUGGUACCGAGUUUUUCAGCGCGUCGAAAGACGGACAGAUAAAAUGGUGGGACACCAGAAAGUUGCAAGUUCCGACAGAAACUUUGGUGAUAGAUCUGCUGAAACCGGAGAAUCAGGACGUGGACAAAGCUACUGGCAUCUCGGCUCUUCAGUUUGAACCUUCGAUGGGUACACGGUUCAUGUGUGGUUUGGAAAAUGGUGUUGUAAUAUCAGGCAACCGCAAAGGUAAGACGCCCGGCGAGAAGAUUGCAACUAAAUUCAGAGCCCAGUAUGGGCCGGUCAUAAGUCUGGAGAGAAACCCGACAUUCGUAAAAAAUUUCUUGACAGUCGGAGAUUGGACCUCGAGGAUUUGGUCGGAAGAUUGUAGGGAAUCUUGCAUAGCUUGGACGCCUGGACAUCGAGUUUUUUUAACGGGUGGUGCUUGGAGCGCUACGCGUUAUUCCGUGUAUUACUUGAUCAAAGUUGACGGAACUUUAGAUGUGUGGGACUUUUUAAUUCAGCAGGACAGCCCGGUUCUUAGCAUAAAGGUCUGCGAUGAAAGUUUGACUUGUUUACGACCUCACGAGCAGGGUCAACUGGCUGCAGUGGCGAAUAAAAAGGGCUCGACUUAUCUGCUCGAAUUUUCGGAAGCUUUGACAAUUAAUCAAAAGAAUGACAAAUUACUAUUAACUGGGCUUCUUGAUCGUGAAACGCGUCGUGAAAAAGUGAUAGAAGCGAAAAACAGAGAACAACGAUUGAAAAUGAAGACCUUGAAGAUGCAUGGUGAAUCGGAUUUCACCGAUGCUUCCAUGAAACCGGAUGAACGGGAAGAUUCUAAGGAAUCUUACGACGGCUUGAGCAACGCACCAAUAGUGCAAUGUGAACAGGAAUAUGAAAAUAUGAUAAACGCGGAAUUAACGCGACAAGCAGAAGCAAAUGCCGUUGAACUGAAUAACAACGUGAUGCAGAAUGGUGCGAUUAUAAAUUAAAAUAAUUAUACAUAUAGUUAUAAUAUAACUGAC